AUGUCGUCCAUCACCCACGAAGCAAGUAACCAGGCUGAGCCUUCGAUUCUUGAAGCUGCCGCUGCACAACAAUCAUGGUCCGUGGAGAAAGUAGUCAAGGAAGAAUUCCCCGUCGUGCCAAAAGAGAAUUCGGAAUCACCAGUACCAUUCUUUCACAUGCUGGAGAGAUUGAAGACGACCAAGCGUGAAGGAUGGCGUAGAUUUGGUAUCGAGAGAGGAGAAUCGAUUUCCGAUCACAUGUAUCGCAUGUCACUCAUUACCAUGUUCGCACCCAAAUCUCUCUCUUCCAAGAUCGACAUUGCACACUGUACGAAGAUGGCUCUCAUUCACGAUAUGGCAGAAGCUCUGGUUGGAGAUAUCACACCCGUUGAUAACGUACCAAAAACCGAGAAGAAUCGUCGCGAAGCUACCACGAUGGAUUAUUUUACCAAGAAUCUCCUCGGUCGUGUGAAUGGUGGAUUGACUGGAGAGGAAAUCAAGAAAAUCUGGCAAGAGUAUGAGGAUUCGGAGACGUUGGAGAGUAAAUUUGUUCAUGAUGUCGACAAGGUAGAGUUGAUUCUGCAAAUGGUGGAAUAUGAACGUGCGGAUAAGAAUGGAUUGGAUUUGGCGGAAUUCUCAUGGGUUGCCACGAAGAUUGUUCUUCCAGAAGUGAAAGCUUGGGCUGAUGAAAUUUUGGCGGAGAGAGAGGAAUUCUGGGCGGGUAGAGAACAUAAAGUGUUUGGUGAGCUUCAAAAACCGGAUGAGAAGAGAGUGGCUCAACAUGAUCAAUAUUAUGGAGGAAAGGAGAAUAAGGCUGCGGAAGUUUAG